CUUUAGGAUUGGGUUUGCAUUUCUCCUCAGAAGGGGCCAGCUUGUACAUGAAGAAGGGGGGGUUGAACAUUUGGGAAAGCCCUUUUUUCUUGGACUGCUGACGCGUACCGCGGCUACGUGCUGCUCCGGAGCCCCGCGGAUUACUUUCCGACUUUAACAGCCUCCACCAUGAUACUUCACUUUCUAGCUUUGGGGGCCUUUGUUUUUCAGACUGAAUGUUACUUUUCGGAGGAGAAGUAUCCAGAGGAGUCGAAAAUGCAGCCUCCAACCGUGGUUAUCGCUAUCAUAGCGAGAAAUACUGGUCACUCCCUGCCGUACUACCUCGGAGCUCUGGAGAGACUCAACUACCCCAAAGAUCGCAUCUCUGUGUGGGCAGCCACGGAUCACAACAUAGAUAACACCACAGCCAUACUGAAGGAGUGGCUGACUGUCAUGCAGAAAUAUUACCAUUAUGUUGAGUGGAGACCAAUGGACAAGCCAAUGUCCUAUGCUGGAGAGCUGGGUCCUAAGCAUUGGCCCAACAGCAGAUACGAAUAUGUGAUGAAGCUGAAACAAGCAGCGCUCAACUUUGCCAGGAAACGCUGGGCUGAUUAUAUCUUGUACGCAGACACGGACAAUAUCCUCACAAAUCCAGAAUCCCUCAACCUGCUGAUAGCAGAAAACAAGUCAGUCAUCGCUCCUAUGUUAGAUUCUCCGGGGGCGUACUCUAACUACUGGUGUGGUAUUACUCCACAGGGAUAUUAUCGUCGAACAGCAGAGUACUUCCCCACUCGUCAUCGUCACCGAGUGGGCUGCUUCCCUGUGCCUAUGGUCCACAGCACCCUGCUGCUGGAUUUGAGGAAGGAGGGCAUGAAAAAACUUGCUUUCUAUCCUCCUCAUGAGGACUACUCGUGGCCCUACGACGAUAUUAUUGUUUUCGCCUUCUCCUGUCGGGCUGCAGAGAUACAGGUGUACCUGUGCAACAAGGAGCGUUACGGCUACCUGAACGUUCCAGCCAAACCGCACUUCACCUUAGAAGACGAUCGUCUCAACUUUGUCCAUGUUCACCUUGAGUCUAUGAUCGACGGGCCACCCAUGUACCCUUCCCGUUUCAUCCACAUGUUUCCAAAACAGAGAGACCUCCUGGGAUUUGAUGAGAUUUAUCUGAUUAACCUGCGACGGCGUGCUGACCGCAGAGACAGGAUGUUGUUCUCUCUAAACGAGCUUGAGAUUGACGUCAAAGUGGUCGAUGCCGUGGAUGGAAAUGCACUGAACAGCAGUGACAUUAAGAUUUUGGGUGUCGACCUGCUGCCAGGAUACUAUGACCCAUUCUCUGGACGCACUCUGACCAAAGGAGAAGUGGGCUGCUUCCUCAGCCACUAUUACAUCUGGAAGGAGAUGGUGGACAUGCAGAUGGAUAAGGCCCUGGUCUUUGAAGACGAUGUUCGCUUUCAGGCCAACUUCAAGCGACGAAUACUCAAAAUGAUGCAGGAUGUGGAGCAGGUGGAGCUGGACUGGGACAUCAUAUACUUGGGCAGAAAGCAGGUGAAUCCUGGAAAGGAGGAGCCAGUGGAGAACAUUCGUAACUUGGUGAUGGCCGACUACUCGUAUUGGACUCUGUCCUACGCCAUCUCCCUACAGGGAGCCCAGAAACUCCUCAAUGCUGAGCCACUUUCCAAGAUGCUGCCUGUCGAUGAAUUCCUCCCCAUUAUGUACGACAAACAUCCGAACGAGGACUACAAAUCCCACUUCCCCAAUAGAAACUUACAAGCCUUCAGUGCGCACCCCCUGCUGGUCCAGCCGUGUCACUACGCCGGUGAUCCCCAGUGGGUGAGCGACACAGAGACAUCGACCCUGUGGGAUGAUGACUCUGUGAGGACUGAUUGGAGGGGCUCCCACAAGACCCUGAAAGGGGCUGCCCCGGCACCCGAGAUGCUGUCAGUUGCCUACAGGGAUGAACUUUAGUGCAGCGCAAAUGUAGCUGAGGAGAAUCUGCAGGUCCACAGGCCAUGAGGCCAGAGAGACUGUUACUGAGGAGAGAGAGAUACUUUCACUCCACCUUGUGUCAUAAAGCUGACAUGCUCAGUGUCAUUUAACCUGAGCUUCUUAGAUAGGAGGCAACAACAUAAGAUAUGGUGUUCGUUUUGGCUUUGUGUAAAGACAUGCACAGUUGUCUCGGUGUAAUAAAUGCGUCAACUUGCACAAUAGAUUUUUCUCAAACAACCCCAUGUUUAGAGUGUUUAUCCUUUUUUUGUGCUUUUCUUUUACUUUGCUCAGUCAUUUAGUUUAGUUGCUUCAUUUGGAGUGUUAAUUCAUUCUGUAUGGUUCGUGUCAACCUGUUUAAAUGUACUCCUGUGAUAGUGCGUAAUCUGUUGAUCAUAUUCUAACCGAGGGUUCAGUAAUUGCACUGUUAACAACUCCUGGCAAGUCUGGAAAAAAAAGUCUGAACUGUAUUGGCUAUUUUUUUUUCUUUUCUUUUUUUCAUGUUGCUAUAAUCUGUCUGUACAUUUCUGUGUUUGUGUGUGUCCUCCACUGGGGACUGGAGAGUUACCACAAAUCUCGAAUGACCAUAAUUGAUGUUUCUUUUUUUCUUAAUUUCUUCCAGACCUUUCUCAAACUUGUGUACCUCUGAAAACUAUGAAAGUUUAUAUUCAUUAAGUAUUUUGUUAGUAGCUCUUACACAUUGAAUGUUUUCUUUUGAUCAGUUUAAGCUUCUUCAGAUUGAUUUUUUUUUUUUCUUAACUUAAUGGAUUAACUUGGAUUAUCUUCUACUCCCUAGCUGUAUUUUAAUAUUUUCACAUUUAGCCAUGUUCAUCCUUAAGAGUUUAACAUGAACUGGAAACAAAAUUACCUUCAUGUAAUUUUGCGCAUAUUACUGAUUUUAAAAUAUUACAUCAUGAUUCGAGAACCGUUUGAGAAGAUUUCAGGUUUUAUGACACUAUUACAACCACGAGAAAUUCAUAAAGUAUAAAUACUUUUUUUUUGAAGGCCCAAUUACUUAUAUAAAAUCCAUGCAACAUGUUGAGGCAUGAAGAGUGUAGCUUUGGUUUUUAUCCAGUUGUUUCCAGUUUUGGAGAGCGUCCACAUGUUAUGUUUAAAAAGUAUAAAUGCUAUGUGUUGCUUAAGUGUUUAAAGGUCUUAUGAAAGUACAGCCUUUAACAGUCUUUUGUAGCAUCGCUGUCGCUAUCCAGGAUUGAGCUGACACUCGUCUAGACAGGGUUGUAGUGCAGGUAACUGAUGUCGCAAGUUUGUGGAUUUGAUCAGGUCAAACUAAACUUGUAUUUCAUUUUUGUGCGCAGUGAUCGACGGUCUGUUUCGUAUAUUGUUUUUUGACAUUGAAGAUUUGUUUUCCUGCAAAUAUCUUAACUUAUUUGUUUUUCUUUGUGAAUCACAGAUGAGUUGCACAACAUGAUGUACGAUACAUGGGUCCAGUUUUGUCUCUGGGUCUACUUUUUGUCUCUGCAUCUU